CCUCUUCUCAUCCCUUCCCCUUUAAUUUAACUCUUCGGUUCGGAUCAUUCUUUCCCUUCCUCGUAUUCUCCCUUCUCUUUCAAAAAGCAAAGAUCUUGCAGAUAUGAUUCCAAAGGCAAAUUAAAGGAAAAAUAUUCAGAUUUCGAAGAAAGAGCAACGAUGGCGGAGGAGCACAGAUGCCAAGCACCGAAAGGCCACCAUCUUUGCGUUAAUAACUGCGGUUUCUUAGGAAGUCCGACUACCAUGAAUCUUUGCUCUAAAUGUUACAGAGAUUACCGUCUUAAAGAACAAGCUUCUUCUGCCAACUCUUCUAUUUCUACCUCUCCUUCGCCUUCGUCAACAGUCGUCGAAUCCGUUUGUCAGAUACCUCUUCUGGCUCUCCCUGAAGUUGAAGGAGUAUCACCGGUUUCGGCUGUCACGAUUGUCCAACGGCGGCGGCAGCAGCAGCAACAACAACAGCCGCAUCGGUGCAUGGUUUGCAGGAAACGGGUCGGGUUGACGGGGUUCAAGUGCAAGUGUGGGAUUACGUUUUGCGGGUCUAACAGGUACCCGGAGAAUCACGGAUGUACGUUCGAUCUCAAGAGGGCUGGGAGAGAGGAGAUCGCACGCGCUAAUCCUGUUGUCAAAGCGGAGAAGCUCGUGAAGAUUUGAGAAGAUGGAAGCCGUUUGAUCCUUUGACUUUUAAUCAGUUAAAAAAAUAGAAAUGCCAAACUCGUUAUGAUCAUGACACGUGUUUCGGUGAUGGUCCCCACCUUUAAAAAUUGGCUUUGGAUAAAAAUAUUUUUAUUUUAUAAGUCUUCUAUUUUUAU